GACUCUGUUGCAGGGAUCCUGUUAGAUAUACAGAAAUACUUCAAGCUUAACGAUGGGGAUACAGGCCUACUGCAAACAGUCUUCAUCUUGUGUUACAUGCUGGCUGCCCCCAUCUUUGGAUACCUUGGUGACCGGUACAAUAGGAAAAUCAUCCUUGGAGCUGGUAUUUUCUUCUGGUCUGGUGUAACAUUAGGCAGUUCAUUCAUCAGUGAAUUGUAUUGCUGGAUAUUCUUUCUUUCACGGGGACUAGUUGGCAUUGGCACGGCCAGUUAUUCCACAGUAGCACCUACCAUCAUUGCAGACCUGUUUGAGGAAGGAAAAAGGACCACAAUGUUAUCUAUCUUCUAUAUCUUCAUUCCAGUGGGAAGUGGUCUUGGUUACGUCCUAGCAGCCGGCAUGGCAGAUGUCACAGGUGACUGGCACUGGGCAUUCAGGGUAACUCCUUGCUUGGGAGGGCUGGCACUGGUUCUUCUGAUUCUACUGGUCCCUCACAGGACCCAGAGACGGACAGCAGCACACAGAGCACUGAGCAUCUCCGGCACAAUACGCGUAGCAGCUGAGAAACCAGGUGUACAGAGAACUGCCAAGACUACUUGGUGUCAAGAUGUCAUAUCACUUGCCAAGAAUUGGAGUUUUGUCUGGUCCUCGCUGGGGCUGACUGCCAUGGCCUUCGUUACCGGAGCCCUGGGAGUGUGGGUACCACUGUUUCUUUACAGGGCUCAGGUUGUUCAGGGCAUCGUAUCACCAUGCCUCCAAGAAUCAUGCAAUUCAUCUAACAGCCUAAUAUUUGGAGGCAUCACCAUUGGGACGGGAAUCUUGGGUGUCAUUGCUGGGGCAGAAGCUGCAAGAAGAUUAAGGAAGAUAAACAAUAAAGCUGAUCCUCUGAUCUGUGCCACAAGCAUGUUCAUUUCUGCUCUGUGCCUCUACAUAGCUCUGAUGGUGGCCCAGGACAACAUCCUUUCCACUUUUAUUUUUAUUGCAUUUGGAGAACUGUUUUUAUCUGUAAACUGGGCUGUUGUGACAGACAUACUGUUGUAUGUUGUGACACCAAGACGGCAGUCUACAGCUAUUGCCCUGCAGAUUUUGGUGAGCCAUUUGCUGGGAGAUGCAGGCAGCCCCUAUCUCAUUGGGAUUCUCUCCAAUGCUAUCCAGGCCAAGAACGCUCACUCGUUCCAGUGGAGUUUCUGGAGCAUGCAGUACAGCUUCAUCGUGUGUGCUUUUGUUGGUGUCUUUGGAGGAGGCUUUUUCCUCCUGACAUCUUUCUACAUUGAGGAAGAUCGUAAGGAGGCGGAGCAGCUUUGAGGUACCAGAAAUGAAUGCUGUCUUUCAAAUGAAGAUGAGCUCUGGGGCAAGAUUUGCAAAGAAGAAUGUCCUCUCCUUUUUCUUUCCUUUUUGCUUAAUGAGAUACAACUAGAGAAAAGGCCAAAUAACAAUUCCUCCAUAUGGCAGAAAAUCCUGCAUUCUGACUUUUUUGGAUGCUUUUGACUGUGAGUCAAAAAUUGCUACUCCAUUGGCAUAUGGCAACCCUCCCCCAUCUGUGAAACAGGCACAAGUAUUCUGUGGAGCUGGGGAGCUCCAGAAAGUAGUGUAUAGAGCUGUCACAGGCACGACUGCUAACCUAAACAAGACAGUAGCAUUUAAGGCAGAAUGUCUUGUGGAGAUUAGGAAGGGAAGCCUACGAAUUCACAGCAGGAUAAGAUUUGCCUGCAGAAUUUGGAAAAUGUAGAUAGUACAAAAAGUGUUUUCAGUCAUUUGAAAUGACCAAGAGAAGCAGAAACUAUCAAAGUCAGUGUCAGAUUCAAGAGUGGCGGGUUGUGAUCAUUUUAUAUGUAAUAUGUUAAUGGCCUCUUUCUAAUCCUCUGAGGCUCUUCAGUGUAUCCUCAGGCCUCAUCUCCUCAUGAAUGAACAGUAGUAGCUGUAAAACCACUUAAAUGCAAUGAUCCAUGUGAGCACUUACCUCUCAAGUGUGUAAGACUUUGGAGGUGGUAUCUAUUGUCAUAAUAUCGUGCCAGGUGCCAAACAGGACAUGGUUACUGUGGCCGACUUCUGUUGUUUGAGGUGGUGUCGUUCCCUCCAGCACCUUAAAGCCAAAGCCUGAGGAAGAUACUAGCAAGUGAAUUGUGAAGUAUUCUGAAUCUUGCCUGAUUUUCCCAGUAAAUCAUAAAGCACAAUAUUCCUGUAACAACUGCAAAUAUCUAAUAUCAUUAUAAAUACCAUAACUCGGCAACUGCAGGUUUUUGUUUCUCCCUCUGUCUCCCUCAUUUUUAAAAAAUCUCUUCUGAAACCUGACUUAAGCCCAGGUAGUGAAAUUGGGUCAGAGCUUAUGCCAUUAUGGGAAAUAAUAGAGAAUUUUUUUGUGAUACUCUGUAAGAGUGUAAUAAAUGUCUUUAAAAUAAAAGUUGGAAUUCUGAAAGACUGAGCAACUCUUUCUGGUUGUAAAAACUAGCCAAAGCCAUUAUACCACAGACUUUUUGGAAAUUCAUGUGGUGCCAGAGAGCCCAUGUCCAGCAAGGGAUUUUUACUACUGGGUAUGGACGCAUCAGCUUGUAGAGGUCCUAAGUGCUUGCCUUACCAUUUUUUGGGCUAUUUUUAAGCUACCUGGUAGCAAUGUUUGGACUGAAACCUCUUGCUUACAUUCAGCAGACCUGCUGAAAUUUGUAGCAUUUGUCUUACAGCUAGAGGGAGAACAAUUCA